GAUAAUUGCAAAAGAAAGUUUCCACCGUGUCUUGGCCUCGGCAUAAAAGGGGAUUACGACGAGCCGGAAGCAAACAGUCGCCCCCAGAGAUUGCUACCAAUAUGAACGGUUACGUUGCCCAAAAGAAGUCCAUCCUGCUGGUGUCCCUGCUGGUGUUGGCAGCAGUUAAGGCGCAGCCCCUGGAUCAGGAGGAGCAUGUUCGGAAGGAGCGUCAGCUUAAAGGAACUGCUAGCGAUGCGGAUGUCAAGAUGGUGGCCACCAAUGUGUCUCCAGCGAUGGCCACUCAACCCAUGACCAUGACCAUCGGUAUGCCGGUCAACCAGAUGGCCCUUAAUGCCGUCGGCAGCCAACUGGUGAGAUAUCCCAACUACCCGGGUCUGAUCUAUCCUGGAAUAGCUCCUGGCCUGAAUGGAAUUCCCGGCCUGCAAGCUAACAUUGCCAACACCAACUAUCCAACGGCCUAUCCGGAUCCCAACUUGCCGGGCGGACUUCCUGGCGGCUUUGGUGGCUUCGGGCCCUAUGGAUACCCCAGCCCCCUUCCACCCAUGUUUGGUGGCUCCCUCGGAUAUCCAAAUCCCCAGCUGCCCAAUGGAUUUGUUCCACAGCCUUCGGUGGAUAAUUUCCAGGCACUGAACAACAUCGUGAACAUGGCCAAUGCCCAAGGAUUGGGAGGCGGAUAUCCAGCUCCUCAGCCCUUUCCCGUGCAGGCGAACAUGCCUGGAUUGUAUCCGCCAGCCGGUGGCUUCCUGGAACGCAUGAACAUGCAGGCCUAUGCCCCAGGAUUCUAAAGUCAAUUCUUAAUCCAUUCAUUAUAAGAUUUAUUUAUUUUAUUUAUUUAGCCAAAUAUACGAACAUUUUGAAAUAAUCUAAAA